AUGGUUGAUGCAUCAUAUCGCUUGCUGCCAACGAUGAACUCCCUCCAUUACCACCCACCCACCCAUCCUCCCUCCAAAACCACCCACCCACCCACCCUCCCUCCAAAACCACUCACCAACCCUCCGUGUCAAAACCACCCACAAACCCCCCCCUCCCUCCAACCCACCCUCCCUCCAAAACCACUCACCAACCCACCCUUCCUCCAAAACCACCCAACCACCCUCCCUCCCUCCAAAACCACCCACCAACCCACCCUCCAAAACCACCCGUCAACCCACCCUCCCUCCAAAACCUGCCGUCAACCCACCCUCCCUCCGAAACCACCCACCAACCCACCCACCCUCCAAAACCAACCACCAACCCACCUUCCCCCAAAACCACCCACCAACCCACCCUACCUCCAAAACCACCCACCAACCCACCCUCCCUCCAAAACCACCCACCAACCCACCCACCCUCCAAAACCACCCGUCAACCCACCCUCCCUCAAAAACCACCCGUCAACCCACCCUCCCUCCAAAACCACCCGUCAACCUACCCUCCCUCCAAAACCACCCACCAACCCACCCUCCCUCCAAAACCACCCACCAUCCCACCCUCCCCCAAAACCAACUACCAACCCACCCUCCCUCCAAAACCACCCACCAACCCACCCACCCUCCAACCCACCCUCCCCCAAAACCACCCGUCAACCCACCCUCCCUCCAAAACCAACUACCAACCCACCCUACCUCCAAAACCACCCACCAACCCACCCUCCCUCCAAAACCACCCACCAACCCACCCACCCUCCAAAACCACCCGUCAACCCACCCUCCCUCCAAAACCACCCGUCAACCCACCCUCCCUCCAAAACCACCCGUCAACCUACCCUCCCUCCAAAACCACCCACCAACCCACCCUCCCUCCAAAACCACCCACCAUCCCACCCUCCCCCAAAACCAACUACCAACCCACCCUCCCUCCAAAACCACCCACCACCCCACCCCCCCUCCAACCCACCCUCCCCCAAAACCACCCGUCAACCCACCCUCCCUCCAAAACCAACUACCAACCCACCCUCCCUCCAAAACCACCCACCAACCCACCCACCCUCCAAAACCACCCACCAACCCACCCUCCCCCAAAACCACCCGUCAACCCACCCUCCCUUCAAAACCAACUACCAACCCACCCUCCCUCCAAAACCCACCCUCCCUCCAAAACCACCCACCAACCCACCCUCCCUCCAAAACCACCACCAACCCACCCACCCUCCAAAACCACCCACCAACCCACCCUCUCCCAAAACCACCCGUCAACCCACCCUCCCUCCAAAACCAACUACCAACCCACCCUACCUCCAAAACCACCCACCAACCCACCCUCCCUCCAAAACCACCCACCAACCCACCCACCCUCCAAAACCACCCGUCAACCCACCCUCCCUCCAAAACCACCCGUCAACCCACCCUCCCUCCAAAACCACCCGUCAACCUACCCUCCCUCCAAAACCACCCACCAACCCACCCUCCCUCCAAAACCACCCACCAUCCCACCCUCCCCCAAAACCAACUACCAACCCACCCUCCCUCCAAAACCACCCACCAACCCACCCACCCUCCAACCCACCCUCCCCCAAAACCACCCGUCAACCCACCCUCCCUCCAAAACCAACUACCAACCCACCCUCCCUCCAAAACCACCCACCAACCCACCCACCCUCCAAAACCACCCACCAACCCACCCUCCCCCAAAACCACCCGUCAACCCACCCUCCCUUCAAAACCAACUACCAACCCACCCUCCCUCCAAAACCCACCCUCCCUCCAAAACCACCCACCAACCCACCCUCCCUCCAAAACCACCCACCAACCCACCCACCCUCCAAAACCACCCGUCAACCCACCCUCCCUCCAAAACCACCCGUCAACCCACCCUCCCUCCAAAACCACCCGUCAACCUACCCUCCCUCCAAAACCACCCACCAACCCACCCUCCCUCCAAAACCACCCACCAUCCCACCCUCCCCCAAAACCAACUACCAACCCACCCUCCCUCCAAAACCACCCACCAACCCACCCACCCCCCAACCCACCCUCCCCCAAAACCACCCGUCAACCCACCCUCCCUCCAAAACCAACUACCAACCCACCCUCCCUCCAAAACCACCCACCAACCCACCCACCCUCCAAAACCACCCACCAACCCACCCUCCCCCAAAACCACCCGUCAACCCACCCUCCCUUCAAAACCAACUACCAACCCACCCUCCCUCCAAAACCCACCCUCCCUCCAAAACCACCCACCAACCCACCCUCCCUCCAAUUCAACUAAAAAUAUUUGAUAUUGACUUUGAUCUGUUUCCAAACCGUAAACGUGGCAAGACGAUGAUGAACUAA